AGGAGGCGUCGCCGUGAAGCCUGAACUCCCCGUGACUAGUUCUCAAAUCUCAAGUCUCAACUUCUGUCCGAGCCCAGCACGAUCACACGGCCACCACCAAAUCAGCCAUCUGAACCCCUGGCCGUGGACCGCCUCCGCAAUUAGUCACCGCCGGCAUCCCCUCUAGCCCAUCGGCCGCCGCCCCAGACCCCAGUCAUCAUCACUCCUGUCUAUCGCCGUAGCCCGUAUGGCCGCCGCCCAAAUCUGAAGCAACACCAGCAGCAGCCAUGUCCGGCGCAACCGCCACGCCGGGCCUCGUCCUCGCCGCGACCGAUCCCAUCCGCUCCUUCCUCUCCUCCGCCGCCGCCUCCGCCGAUCUCGCGGCCGACCUACGGGACCUCGCCUCUGCCCUCGCUUCUGAGCCGUCCGUCCCCUACCGCUCCAUCCGCGCCAUCUGGUGCGCCGACUCCUCCCCUGACCGCCCGCCUCUCCGCCAGCUCCUGCGAGACGCCCAGUUCGUGCUGCUCAGCCCCAAGCCCCGCGAGAAGAGCGAUGAGCUCAAGGCGAGGCUGGAGAAGCUCCGGGAGAUGCAGGAGAGGAAGGAGUACGCCGACCUCGUUAGGGACGUCGCGCCCAAGGAGGACAACUCUGAGCCCUUCUCAUCCUACAAGGAUCAGCUUGGAUUUGGUCUGCACGUUGUGGUUAUAAUGUUCACGGGUUAUUUGGUCGGAUUUGCAGCUUUCAGAGCUCUGUUCAGCAAUAGUCCUGUAAUGAAUGCUGCGGGAGGCAUCUUGGGAGUGGUGGGCGGCAUGCUGAUGGAGACGGUUCUUUUCAUCAUCAGAUCGUCCAGCAGGGAUCUAUCCUCAUCUCCGGCUCCAAGAUCCAAGAAACUCCAGUAGGCAUUGUGGUGUGACUUGUGCUUCUCUUUCAUGCGUGGUAGUGGCACGGUGAGAAUACUCGAGGAAAUUUUAGAUGGCUCAGAUGUAUGUAACCUAUCUGCUCCCUCCGUUCCAUAAUUUUUGUCUCAAAUUCAACCAAAAAUGGAUGUAUCUAAUCUUACAAAGUGUCUAGAUACAUGUAAGAUUCCGACAAGAAUUAUGGAACGAAGGGAGUACUACAUAUGCAAGUAUAAAUCAAUGCAGUUGAUAAUCACAAGUCUUCAGGAGUUCUUAUUUACAGGGCUUA